AUGGAUACCUGCAGGGUGCGAGCCUGGGUGCUUCUGGUCCUGUUAUGGCAGGACGGGUCUUUGGCAUCGCAGUUUCCGACGCAGCUCAUGAUUAAAGAAUGGGUUGAUCAGAUGCAGAAAGAGGUUGUCACCCUGGCAGACACAGCCACAGCUGGGAAGAGCCUCACACAGAUUUUUCAGAGGAACCAACACCUGUACAGUGUGGAGCAAAACGACGCAGAGGAGCUGGUGGCCAGAGCCGCCACAAAAAUUGAACAGCUGCUGCGGAAGAGGUCUGCUGCCUUGGAGAAACUGGCCACAGCUGCUGAGAACUUCCAGAUGGAGUAUCAGUGGAAAGACGAGUUUGAGGAUGAUGAAAUCGCCUACUACAACGCAAAGGACAAUCUGGAUGCAAAUGAGACAGAGGGAAGGAAAUACAGGAUACGCCCAGACUUUAAAGAGGACCCAUCAUUUAAACGUUUGACUGAUCACAACCACACGGCUGUCCACAUUCCCACUGACAUCUAUGAUGGCUCCACCAUUGUGCUGAAUGAGCUGAACUGGACGGAGGCACUGGAGGAAGUGUUCAGGAAGAACAGAGAGGAUGACCCGACCCUUCUCUGGCAGGUGUUUGGUAGCGCUACAGGCUUGGCUCGUUACUACCCAGCCUCUCCCUGGAUGGAUGCUCGUAAGACCCCCAGUAAAAUCGACCUGUAUGACGUCCGCAGGAGGCCAUGGUACAUUCAAGGAGCUGCCUCACCCAAAGAUAUGCUAAUCCUCGUGGAUGCAAGUGGGAGCGUGUCUGGCUUGACUCUCAAACUGAUCAGGACCUCCGUCAGCGAGAUGCUGGAGACUCUGUCUGAUGACGACUACGUCAACGUGGUUUAUUUUAACACCAGGGUGAAGAAGACGGCGUGUUUCGACCAUCUGGUUCAGGCCAACGUGAGGAACAAGAAGCUGCUGAAGGACGCGGUGCAGAACAUCACAGCCAAAGGAAUUACAAACUACACCAAAGGCUUUGAGUUUGCGUUUGAGCAGCUCUCUGCAACAAAUGUGAGCAGAGCAAACUGCAACAAGAUCAUCAUGCUGUUUACUGAUGGAGGAGAGGAGAGAGCUCAGGCCAUACUGGACAAGUACAAUGCUGAUAAAAAGGUGAGGAUCUUCACCUUCUCCGUGGGACAGCACAACUAUGAUAAAGGACCCAUUCAGUGGAUGGCCUGCUCCAAUAAAGGUUACUUCUAUGAGAUUCCGUCCAUCGGAGCCAUCCGAAUCAACACACAGGAGUACCUGGAUGUCCUUGGAAGACCGAUGGUUCUGGCAGAUAAACAGGCCAAACAAGUCCAGUGGACUAAUGUGUACCUCGAUGCUCUGGAACUGGGUCUGGUCAUCACUGGGACGCUACCUGUCUUCAACAAAACCAAGACCAGAGAUGACAGGAACGGCGAGCACCAGAAUCAGCUGAUUCUUGGCGUGAUGGGGAUCGACGUGUCUCUGGACGACAUCAAGAAGCUCACGCCACGCUUCACAAUUGGUCCAAAUGGAUACUACUUCGCCAUCGAUCCCAAUGGAUACGUCCUGCUGCACCCCAAUCUGCAGCCAAAGAAUCCUAAAUUCCAGGAACCUGUUACCCUUGACUUCCUGGAUGCUGAGCUGGAGAAUGACAUCAAAGUGGAGAUCAGGAGAAUGAUGAUUGAUGGAGAGACGGGUGAACGUACCAUUCACACUCUGGUGAAAACUCAGGAUGAGAGGUACAUAGAUAGAGGAGUCAGGACCUACACAUGGGCACAAGUCAAUGGAACAGAUUACAGCCUGGCUCUUGUUCUGCCUAAGUACAGUGAACACUUCAUUCAAGCUAAGCUGGGGGAUGACAUGAAACAAGCUAUGUGUGAGUAUGCCAUGGAAACCAUACAGCUGGAGAGGUUUGAUGAGUUUGGUUACACCUACAUCGCCCCGAGGGAGUACUGCAAGGAGCUGAAGUUGUCACUCAACAACACUGAGUUUCUCCUCGACUUCAGCCAGUACAUUGACAGAAACACUCCAGAUGCAUGUAAUGUGUCCCUGGUGAGUCGGCUAAUCCUGGAUGCAGGUCUGACAGCUGAACUGGUUAAACUUUGGAACGAGCAGACAGUGGAUGGGAUAGUGUCCAGGUUUGUAGCCACAGAUGGAGGAAUCACAAGGGUCUACCCAAGAAGUGCUGGGGAGGAGUGGGGCGAGAAUCCUGAGACAUAUGAGUCCAGCUUCUACAAAAGGACCCUGGACAAUGAAAUUUAUAUUUUCACAGCUCCGUCUUUCAACGCGGAGAGCAGGGAGCCUGUUUCUGAGUUGGGUAUUCUCGUGAGCAAAGCAGUGGACCUCACGAUUGGGGAAGUCACGCUCAAGCCAGCAGUGGUGGGAGUGAAACUCAAUGUCUCAUUCUGGAUGAACAGUUUCAUGAAUGCUACACUGAAACUGAAUUGCAAGGAUGAGAUCUGUGGCUGUCUGAGGAACGACAAGCAUGUAGACUGUGUGAUCCUGGAUGAUGGGGGAUUUCUUCUCUUGUCCAAUCAGGAUGAGUAUAUUACCCUGAUAGGUCAGUUUUUUGGCGAGGUGGAUCCCGUGUUGAUGAUCAACCUGGUCAACACCUCCCUGUACUCCUUCAACAAGACCUAUGACUACCAGUCUGUCUGCGACCCAGAGAGAGACAGCAAGGCUGCAGCGGGACCACGCUCUGUCUACGUGCCUACCAUUGCAGACUUGCUCAGCAUCGGCUGGUGGGCCUCCAGUGCUGCCUGGUCGAUACUCCAGCAGCUCCUCUUUGGUCUCAUGUUUCCCAACCUUCUAGAGGCAGCGGAGUCAGCAGAUGAAGACAUACCAGAUGCAAUGUUUAAGGAAAGCUGCAUCACAGAGCAGACUCAGUACUUCUUUGACAAUGAUGAAAGAUCCUACUCAGGUGUCCUGGACUGUGGAAACUGUUCCCGGAUGUAUCGUGCUGAGAAGCUGCCAAACACCAACCUAGUGUUCCUGAUCACUGAUGCCAAGGCAACGUGUUUGUCGUGUGACCCCAGGCCGCUACGACAGGCUGAGCAGCCCUCCGAAGGUCCAGACCCGUGUGAGCUGGCUCAGAAUCCCAGAUACCGCAAAGGACCGGACGUGUGUUUUGACAACAACGAAAACGAUGAGCCCCUGUGCCCAAUCAGCAGAGGUUCUACAUUGAGCCCCACACCUCUGCUGUUGUUACUGGUGCUAAGUUCAGGGAAGAUGAUUCUGACUGUGGGGGAGGGACCUGCCUGAGCCCGUGUCUUUUACCAAUGCUUGGGCUCCAACUGUUGCUGCUGUGGCUCAUCACAUCUUCACAACACU